CUCUGCCUCGCAGAAGACAUAAGGUUUACGGAGGCAUGCGAAGAAGCCAUCACAGAAGGCACAUUACAGUCACUCCUUGAAGCAACAAAGUCUCAGCUGGAUCAUUACACUAACAUAGAGCUUGGAAACAACCCUGUAUUAGAGCUGAAGCUCAAAGCGUUGGUUCUAGAUUGUGUGCAUCGUAUUACUAUGGUUAACGAACUUCUUGACCACGAUGUGGAAAAGACGUCCGACUGGCACUGGCAAAAGCAAUUAAGGUUUUACCUUUCUAAAGGGACAGCUGUCGUAAGAAUGGUGGAUGCUCAGUUCGAAUACACCUACGAAUACCAGGGCAAUGCACCGAAGUUGGUACGAACUCCUUUGACCGACCGGUGUUUCGUCACACUGACACAAGGAAUGCGCAUGGGCGUUGGUGGCAACCCAUACGGACCUGCCGGCACGGGAAAGACAGAAUCAGUCAAAGCACUCGGGAAUGCUCUCGGAAGACAAGUAUUGGUCUUCAACUGUGAUGAGGGCAUUGACGUGAAGUCAAUGGGGCGCAUAUUCCUGGGUCUUGUACGAUGUGGUGCUUGGGGUUGCUUCGACGAGUUUAACCGACUAGAAGAAUCGGUGCUGUCUGCAGUGUCAGCCCAGAUUCAACAGAUACAGACGUCGCUAGGAAACCGAGCGCGUGAUGUUCAACUUCUUGGACAACAGGUGGAAAUGGAUUGCAACGCAGGCAUCUUCAUUACGUUGAACCCAGCUGGCAAAGGCUAUGGCGGUCGACAAAAGCUCCCGGAUAACUUGAAGCAAUUAUUUCGUCCUGUUGCUAUGUGCCGUCCAGACGAUAGCGUCAUCGCCCGGGUGCUCCUAUUUGCCGAAGGGUUUAAGUGUUCCGACAUAAUAGGACCGAAACUUGUGGCUCUCUUCCGAUUGGCAAGGGAACUUUUGACACAUAAGCAACACUACGACUGGGGAUUGCGCGCACUCAAGAGUGUCCUGCAAGCCUCUGGAAAGCUGUUGAAAAGUGCACGUGCAUCACAAGCUGUAACAGUGCAAGACGAGAAGACAGAGACGACUUUGGCCGUUCAAGCGCUGCGAUUAAAUACUCUCCCCAAGCUAUCACACAGAGACCGCCAGCAGUUUGAUGCUCUCAUCAAAGACGUCAUUCCAGACAUUGAAUUCACUGAAUUCGAGGACGCCGAUCUGAUCAAAGCUGUAAAAGAGGCUUGCGAGGAGUUAAAGCUGAUCGAGAAUCAAACACAAAUUCGGAAAGUUCUAGAGCUCCACGAGCAACUGAAACAACGAAUGGGUGUUGUAGUCGUGGGGCCCAGUGGAGCUGGGAAGACUACGCUAUGGAAGCUGCUUCUGAAUGCCCUGAAGCGAUUGGGGCAUUCAAUACAAACGCACAUAUUCAAUCCCAAAGCUAUGCCAAGGCAGCAGCUGCUUGGCUACAUAGACAUAGACACCAGGGAAUGGCACGAUGGAGUCCUUACCGCCAGUGCGCGUGCUGUGGUUCGAGAACCGCCUGGAGUCCUUUCAUGGGUCGUCUGUGACGGCGACAUCGACCCGGAAUGGAUCGAGUCACUGAACUCUGUGCUUGACGACAACCGAUUGCUCACGAUGCCUUCGGGUGAACGAAUUCAAUUUGGUCCACACGUCAACUUUAUUUUUGAGACACAUGAUCUGAGCUGCGCGUCCCCUGCUACGGUUUCUCGCAUGGGAAUGAUCUUCCUUAGUAUCGAGAACAUUGAAGUUACUGCAUUAGUGGCAUCAUGGCUCCACGGCCAACCCCAACAUGCACAGUCGUUUUUCAGACAGCUACUGGAUGACUACUUCUACAAAGCUUUAGAGUGGGUGAUGAAAUGUAAUGACUUUUCUGUAGACACAACAGCAGCCGCCGUCGUGAAAUCUGGUUUAGUUUACUUGUCUGAAGCCAUCAAAACAAAGCAAGAGUUCGCAAUGGCACUUGUGCGGGGAUUUGCAGCAAAUUUAAACAAAGCGAGCAAAGAAAAGUUAGCCAAAGAGGUACUAUCCCGAGCAAAACUGGCUAUCCCUGAUUCAAAUCAUGCAAUCGACACAUAUUACGACAAACGAAGAGAUCGCCUUGACAAAUACAGUCCACAGGGUGCACAAGAAGUCUCUCUAGCAUCCCUUGCAUGUUGUCCAGCACCUAUUGUGGAAACUGGCUGUGUUUUGAGAAUGGUCGACUUUCUUCUUCCGCUUCUGUCCUUCGGAACAAGACCAGUCCUUAUUGUUGGACCAGAAGGAUGUGGUAAAAGUGUCCUGGUGCAGCACUGCUUGCAGAAGGUUCGUUCAGUACAGACCACUGUCGUGCACUGCUCAGCACAGACAUCACCGACACACAUUGUGCAAAAACUGACUGAGUGUUGCGUUGCUGUCACCACGAGUCGUGGGCGGUGCUUGCGGCCCAAAGAAACGGAGAAGUUAGUUCUUCAUCUCCGUGACAUCAACUUACCAAAACCAGACAAGUGGGGUACUUGCCAACUUGUCGCUUGGUUGCAACAAGUUGUAAAUUACGAGGGGUUUUACGAUCAAGAUCUAGUGUGGGUGAACUUGGAAGGAAUCCAGAUAGUUUGCUCGCUCAGUUUGGGUAAUUCCAUUGGCAGGCACCAGCUGUCCACACGGUUCACUUCUGUCGUGCAGGUUGUAUCAUUAGAUUACCCUGAAAGAGAACAACUAGUUUCGAUAUGUUCAGCGUAUCUUCGUCCUGCCCUGACUCAUUUAGCAGGGAAGAAAUCAGACUGGUCGUCUCCUGAUAAGGCUGAGCGCUUGGCUUCGUCCAUGCUGUUACUUCUGGAGCAGGUCCAGACAAAGUUCACUGUGGAUGACAGAAACCACUACGUGUUCACGCCGAAGAUCCUGACACAGUGGGUCUUUGGGCUUCUGCGAUACACAUUGGAAAGCGGAACAUCUCCGCUUGAGCCAUGGGCAUACGAGUGCUGUCGCUUGUUUCGUGACCAGCUCUCCGAUCACGACUCACGAGCACGUUUCGACGCCAUCCUGACUGGUAUCAUACGUGCUGACUGGAGUGGUGAUCUAAACUUGGAAUUUUUAAAAGAUAGCUUCUAUAUCACAAGAAUGGGUGACAAAGUCUCCGAAUUAGGUCGCCCUCUCGAUAAAAUACGGAAUACAGACUGGGAAACUUCUGUCCGGAAGACGCUGAACAUGUACGUGCAAGAAGUGCGGCAAGUCCCAGAUGCUGUUUUAUACCCCGAGUUACUGGAGCUCGUGGCCUACGUCGACCGUGUUUUGUCAUUGCCUGGCGGAUCGGUCCUCCUGGCCGGCACCGCCGGAACCGGACGUCGACUUGCUGCUGGAUUAGUUGCACACAUGCACGGAAUGACGACCUUCACACCUAAGAUGACACAAGACUACGGUGUCCGCAACUUCAAGGCAGAGCUCAGAACGAUCCUACAGUGUGCUGGUAUCGACGGUCAGCCAACCGUGCUGCUCAUUGAAGACCAUCAUAUUUUAGUACCCGAGAUUACAGAGAUGCUGAAUGGGCUACUCGCAGCGGGAGAGGUGCCCGGGCUUUUCGCUUCUGAAGAGUUGGAACCCCUGCUAUCGUCCAUACGAAACCAGGCGGCUGAAGAAGACUUUCGCGGCCACAUCUUCAAUUAUUUCUGUCACAGAGUGAGGAGAAACCUGCACAUGGUGCUGAUUUUUGACUGCCGUGAUGCAAGUUUUGCAAGGACGUGCGAAAGUAACCCAUCAUUCUACAAACGCUGUAGUGUCAUGUGGCUUUCUUCCUGGAGCAAAGAUACCAUGGAACAUAUCCCCAAGGUUAUCCUCAGGGAACACGGAGGGUCAGAUACUGUAUCCAAAGAGACAUGUUUAGCGUCUGCACCUUUGUCAUAUUUCCUGAAGAUUCACAACUCUUGUAGUGACCUCGUGGCAACGUCUCCGCAUCGUUACUCGUGCCUUGUGCGGACGUACAGCGACGUGUACUGCACAAAGAUGUCGAGAAUUGAAAAACGGCGUGAUCAUCUAAAGGCUGGCAUAUCCAAGCUCAACGAAGCAAAAAAUAAUGUGGACAAGUUAAAAGCAGAAGCUGCCAAACAAAAACAACUUCUAGACGAGAAGCAAGCCGAAGCUGACGAUGCCUUGCAACAGAUCACAAUGAGUAUGACAAGUACAAGUGAUCAGAAAUCUGAAAUGGAAGCCCUCAAGGCGAGGAUGGAAGAAGAGAACAAGAAAUUGUCCAAACGGAAGAAAGAGAUUGACCAGGAGUUGGCAGAGAUUGAGCCGCUCAUACAGGAAGCUAAGGCCGCCGUCGGCAAUAUAAAGUCUGACUCACUCUCUGAAAUUCGGUCACUACGCGCCCCACCCGAUGUCAUUCGAGAUAUCCUGGAAGGAGUCCUGCGGCUGAUGGGUAUCUUUGAUACUUCUUGGGUCAGCAUGAAGAGCUUUCUUGCCAAGAGAGGGGUGAAGGAAGAGAUAACGAACUUCGAUGCUCAUUCAAUUACUCCAGAAAUUGCGCGAAGUGUACACGAGCUUCUAAAGAAGCAUCAUGCAUCGUUCGACCAAAAAAACGCCAAGCGAGCAUCGGCAGCUGCUGCUCCGCUUGCAGCCUGGGUAAAGGCUAACGUCAUGUAUGCGGAGGUUCUUCAGAAAAUACAGCCUCUUGAGUCGGAACAAGCAAAACUCAAGCUGAACCUGAGCAACGCAGAACGACGCAUGAACAGGUUAGGCACAGCACUCGAAGACGUAGACCAGGAAGUAGCUCGGCUCAGGGACAAGCUCAACAAAUUUACGAAAGAAGCUGCCGAAAUAGAGAUUCACUUGCGUGGUGCUAAUGAGACAAUAGCAACAGCUGAAGACAUGGUACAGCAACUGGAUGGCGAAUACCACCGGUGGACCAGGCAGCUCGCUGAAAUGGAGGAAGAACUCAAAGAGCUACCGUUGCGCUGCUUGGCAGCGUCCGCAUUUCUAACCUACUUGUCUGGCUGCUCUGAAGAUGUUCGGGCUGCAGCUCUCACAUUAUGGUGUAAAGUACUCGGGCUCCCAAUCUUUGUACCAAGUGCAUUUCUUGGUACUGAAAAACAGCAACUGACUUGGAAGACAGAAGGGUUGCCAGCAGAUCCCCUCUCUCUGGAGAACGCUAUUAUCAUUCUGCAGACUUCGCUUUGCCCGUUUCUUGUGGAUCCAUCGGGACAAGCGACAGUAUGGCUCGAAAGACAUCUCCGGGAUUCACAUCUUGAAGUCGUUACUCAACACGAUGCAAACUUCGUGACUGUUUUGGAGCUGGCCGUUCGGUUUGGUAAAGCCUUACUCAUAAAGGAAGUUGACAGAAUAGAGCCUAUCCUGUAUCCUCUUCUAAGGAAGGAGCUCAUCAGCCAAGGGCCGAGGAAUUCCAUUCAGAUUGGGGAGAGAACAGUGGAUUACAACGACGAUUUCAAGCUUUUUUUGGCUACACGUAACCCGUACGUUAACUUACCCAACUACGCUGCAUCUGUAGUCACCAUCGUGAAUUUCACCACCACACGAGCUGGACUCUCUGAGCAGCUCUUACAGGCAGUUUUACAGCAUGAAAAGCCCGAACUGGAACAACGCCGGAGUGAGCUCCUGCGAAAAGAGGAAGAGUUGCAACUUCAAGUGGUGCAACUGGAAGACUCGCUUCUUGAGCAACUUGUGUCGGCCCAUGGUAACCUAUUGGCAAACAAACCUCUUUUGGCUUCACUGCAACGUACGAAGGCAAGCAGUCUUGGCAUUGAAGCAUCUCUCAAAGAAUCGCACCAGCUGCAAGCGGCCCUGGAUGAGGAAAGACAAGCCUAUUUACCACUGGCAUCGUUUGGAAGUUCUCUACAUUUCCUGAUCAGUGAGCUACCAAAGCUGAACAGCAUGUAUGUCUUCAGCCUUCCUUCCUUCCUGAACCUCUUCAAAAUGGCUCUCAAGCAGACAUCUUCAGAGCACAAGCAAGAAAAACGUUUAGAAGAGAUUCUCAAGUGUUUCCAGAGACUUGUGUACGAAAACGUCAGCAGAGGACUGUUAAAGUCAGAUCGACUCGCAUUUGCCCUGCAUAUUGUCCAUGGAAUGUACCCAGAGCUUUUCAAAGAAAACGAAUGGGAAGCCUUUACAGGUAUGCUGCUGACAGACCUCAAGUUCGACAAAGAUAGCAUUAGAUCGGAGCUUCCCGGAUGGCUCGAGGACGAACGUGCUCUCGCAGUCGCUGUUCUCAAGAACUUAUUCCCGGACAUGUGGGCACCACUGCGACUAGAGAAAGAGGACAUGUGGCGUGGCUUUGCAGAGAGCAGUCACUGCGAACAAGAAAUUCCGGGGCAUGUGGCACGAAUGCUGUCACCUUUCCAGCAAGUGCUGCUUGUGCAGGCCCUUAGACCAGAUCGCCUUAUAAGUGCCCUCACGUUUUUUGUUACAAGAGUUCUCGGUUUGAAAGAAAUUUCGCCUCCAGCUCUAAACCUGCAACGACUUCAUGCUUCGGAGACCUGUGCUACUGAGCCAGUGCUCAUGAUAACGUCUCCAGGUGCAGACCCAUCCCAAGAAAUUCGUGAGGUUGCUGCACGAGUUGUCGGAGUGGAUCGCUACCAUCAGAUUUCAAUGGGUCAAGGACAAAUGGACGCAGCGCUGGAACUUUUGAAGACGGGAGCUCGAGAAGGGUCAUGGGUGUGCUUUACAAACCUUCACCUUGUGUCUUCCUGGCUGCCUCUUCUUGUGAAGGAGCUCUGUACAUUGAAGCCACACCAAGACUUCCGUCUGUGGCUUACCACAGAAGGGCACCCAAACUUCUCCAAUGUCUUAAUACAGAUGUGCCUCAAGGUGACGUACGAGGCACCUCCUGGGAUAAAGCGGAACUUGCAGAGAACCUACGACGGUUGGACUCCGGAUUUUGUGUCUGCUGGUGGAAACCUUCUUUGUUCACAGUCCUUCUUCGCACUGGCCUGGUUCCACGCCGUAGUUCAAGAACGGCGAACUUUCAUUCCACAGGGAUGGACGAAAUUCUACGAGUUCGGCAUGGCUGACUUGAAAGCUGGUGCGGACAUAAUUAGCCGGCACUGUCUUAAAGAACGACAAACAGUGGAAUGGAGAUUUCUACGCGGGCUCUUCGAAACUGCUGUAUAUGGAGGACGCGUGGACAAUGCUUUUGACAUGGAAGUGCUCGCUUCAUACCUGCGGCAGUACUUUGACUCUAGUGUUAUCUCGGGAACUCCGGGUAGCAGAUGUCGUGUGGCUCCUAGCGUUUCAGUGCCCUCAGAGGCAGACCACCGGGAACACCUGAAAGUGACUCAACUGAUUGCCGACGAAGACUCUCCCAGCUAUUUUGGAUUGCCAUCAAACAUAGACAGAUCGGCUCAGCGCACGCGUAGCGCUGACGUUAUCUGGCAACUCAAGCAGCUCAUGCGUCCAGGAGACAAGUCCGAGGGCUUCGACGCAGCGAAAUGGAGCACACUACUAUCUCCAGUACUUAACCUGUGGAAAAAACUUAAUCAGGGAUCACAACUUAUCCACAAGCAAGUGACUCCUCCAUCGAACAGCUCCAGGAUUGGUGGACCGAUAGACAAUUUUCUGCAAAUGGAGUAUUACAACGGGAUUCGCUUGGUACAGGAGAUCCACGCAUCAUUGGCUGCAUUAAGCAAAGUCAUCCGGGGGACGGCACUUGUCACCAGAGAGGUUCGAGAUGUUGGGACUUCGCUGAUGAACCACAAGGUCCCUUCAAAAUGGGAAACGCUAUGGGAAGGACCAGAUGAUUCACUCCAGUACUUGCGCGCCGUCGUGAGCCGUGCUCUGGCAGUCCAGACCUGGGUGCAGAGGUCAGAAGCCGGACUGCUAUUGCAAGAUCACCUGGACUUGGCCGAGCUCUUCCGUCCUGACACAUUCUUAAAUGCAUUACGGCAACAUUCAGCUAGGGUAACACACCAUCCUAUGGACAGUCUGCAGUUCGUCACAUCAUGGAAGGGCCGCAUAUCUAAAGCGACCGUGUCUAUCACACUGGACGGCCUUCAGUUGGAAGGCUGCCGGUUCGACGGGCGUCAUCUAACAGAAUGUCGCCAUAACUCUCCAAGUAUAUCUUCCAUCCCUUCGUGCACGGCAGCGUGGCUACCCAAGGGAUACGAAGUCCCAUACAGCGAUGUGAUCAAUGUACCACUCUAUACCAGCACGAAGAGGGAGAAGGUCAUUACAACGUUGUCUCUGCCCUGCAACGGAGAUCAGGAUCUGUGGCUGCGAUGUGGGGUUGCUCUGUUUCUGAGGCACCCAUAAACGUGGUUUCU